AUGCUGCAGAGUCUGCAGUACCUCAAGCUGUCCGGUUUCGGGUCGCCUGGCAGGGAAGCUCAGAUUACGGAUGCUGGUCUGGCCACAAUUAUGGGUUUGACAGCAUUGACGCACCUGGAGUUGCGAUGCUGCCACACAAUCAGCGGCGAAGGGCUCUUGCGUCAAGGGUGUUACCUUGGCAAACCCCUCAGGGCCAGCCUCAUUCAUGUAGACUUCGCUUAUUGCAAAGCAAUUGCAGAUGUGGGUUUGGCCCUAAUGGGAAACAUGACGAGGCUUGCCCACUUGGACCUUGAGGACUGUGCAGAAAUAACAGAUCAAGGGCUUCAUCAUCUCGGGAACCUGACCACAUUGACGUACUUGGAAUUGCAUGCAGGGAGCUGUACAGAUGAGGGGCUGAACAGCUUGGGCUCAUUGACAAGGCUGACGUGUCAGAAAAUAACAGCCGAUGAUAUCACUGAUGACGGGUUGCUGUGUUUGUCAAGGAUGUGUGCUUUGAACAAGUUGGUGGUGCGCGAUGCGUUUUUCUUCACAGGUGCAGGUCUUGGUUUUAUGCCAGAUUUGGGUACGCUUCAGAGCCUUGAUUUGGUAAGGUGUGCCAACAUCAGCAACGAGGGAAUGAAAUACCUGACUGGCAUGACAUCUCUGACAAAACUUGCCUUCUGUGAGAGCUACGCAUUCAGUGAUGUUCUGCUGCAAUAUUUGACGAGCAUGGGUUCCCUCCGCGCCCUGUGCUUGUCUGGCGAUGGGUGUGAAGACGUGACUUGCAAAGGUCUGCAGUACGUGGGAUGCUGCACAGCGCUCACGCUUCUGCGGUUAGAUGACUGCAGUGCCAUCAGUGCAGGGUUUGAGCACUUGGACAGGCUUGUGUUCCUGUCAACACUUUCUUUGGAGAAUUGCGGGAUCACAGACGAUGGCGUGAGGCUGCUGAGUGAGCUCGCUUCUCUGAAGGCUUCUCUGACGUACCUGUCCUUAGCUUAUUGCAAGCACAUCACAGGCGCUUGCCUGGUGCACCUGACGAACUUUGGGCGGCUGUCAAGUCUCCAUCUCUCAGAUUGCAAUGUAUCCAAAGAUGAGUUGGAUUGUUUUUUGGAGGAUAUGCCGAUGUUGUGCGACAUGUAG